CCCAUCUCUGCGAUUCUUUUCCCAAAAUUUUCAUCUCUCGCCAUCGCCGGAGGAAAACACUCCAAUUCCUCCAAUUUUCUCUCCAACAAUUCGUUCUUUCCCUGCUCACUUUCCGGCGAGUUCUCCAAUUCGUCGGUUUAUCGCUUCCAGAAUUCAGAUCUGAGUCCACAUGAACCAUCGUUUGCGUUUGGGUUGAUUAUAACAGCCUUGAUUUGGGUUUAAGAAAAAUGGGGUCGCUAAAUUUGGUAAAUUUUGUUGAAUGACGAGUGGUGUGGCUUCAAUUGUUGAGAUUUGAGUAACUGGGUCGAUCUCAGUGGAUGCUAUACUGGACAAAGUUGAAGAAUUGGGUUUUGAUUGGGUUCAGGAAAUUUUUUGGGGGAAGAUUUUGGAGAGGAUUAGGUUAUUUGUGAGGGAGUUUGUCGGGUCGGCGUCAUGUUCUAUGGUGCGGUGGUAUGGGACCCUUGGCUUAUUGUUGCUCAAAUUGUUUGUCUUCAAUGUUCGUAUUAUAUGACCCUGGGAUUGAUCUUGUCGAUACUUGUUGGCACUCGUGUGUCUCGGAUGAGCCUCGUGUAUUUCUUUGACUAUGUUACCAUCACUACCUCUACCGUUACUGGUUGGUGUGUUAUUGCUUCAAUUUUGCUCAGCUCAGUUGCAGGGGCUGUAUAUAUGCUUUAUUUGAUUGAAAGAGCAAAGAAGUGCUUGGAUUUUUCGGCCACUCUCUACAUUAUCCAUCUUUUUAUAUGCAUUGUAUACGGGGGUUGGCCCUCUUCUAUAACAUGGUGGAUUGUGAAUGGUACUGGAAUUGCAGUGAUGGCUUUGCUGGGUGAAUAUCUGUGCAUCAAGCGCGAACUCAGGGAUAUACCAAUAACUCGAUAUCGUUCAAAUACUUGAUUUGCAGAAGUAGCUUGAGUCUCGAAUUCAAGAAAGGAGUUGUGCUUGGGGAUGGUAACAACUUUUGUUUCUAUAUGUUGGAUGAUCUCCAAGAUAAAGCCCACGAAGUGCAUAGUUCUAUUACGCCAUUGAAAGACUACAUUUCCUUUCUAUUCAUUAGUUGCAAUAGAGAGUUGAAGCAUAGAUAACCAGACGAGACUAGGUACAUAAUUUUUCAGGAAAUUGUGAAAGUUUUAAUGUUAGUUAUUCUAUUUCGUUUUCACCCCUUUUAGUGUUGUUGGUUAAAUUGCUGCAUUUAGUUGAGACAGCUUCUAUUCUUUUUACCCUUUUUGUGAGUUCUUGGAUCUGUUUAAAAUCUUGGAAAUAUAUGUAGUUCUGUGCCAUUACGUUUAAUGGGAUUGUUAUAUCAGAUAGCAGAAUGAACCUCUUGGGCAGACUUGUAUUUUAACUUCUUUAUUG